GCAAUGAUGGACAUGCCAAUUUGUCUUGUUCAGUGAAACAAUGCACAUCAAUGUAAAGGUUAGCUCGGACUACCUAGCUAUUUCAGUGAGCGAGCAAGAUACCAUUAAAUGGCUAACGGAUACCGCUAGUUCACGUUAUGGACAAAAAAACUUUCGAAACACAUCUUCGGAGCAGAACAACAAGGAUAACCUAGAAUCACAUGUGGAGAGCAGGCUUGGAACUGUAAAGUGUGUGAGACGACAAAGGGACCAUGCCAUAUUGUUUCCCAGUGAUCUUGUUGGUGACGUGCUAAAUGAUGGGGAGUAUGUUGUCAUAGAAAUCGACGGUGAAAGUCUGACGCCUGAACUUCUCGUUGCACUCGGAAGGGGCCAGUUCAGGAUAAAGUUGAGUGAAGAAUCAAUCAAGCGUGUUAAGGAUGCAAGGAAAGUGGUUGAGGACCUAAUAGACUCAAACAAAGUUGCUUAUGGAAUAAACACCGGUUUUGGAAUGUUCGCCUCCACCGUGGUAGACAAGUCAAAACUAAGAGAACUCCAAAUUUCGCUCAUUCGUUCACAUGCUGCUGGGGUCGGAAACAGGAUCGGACUCAUGGCCACUCGCAUGUUAUUUGCUCUGCGGGUGAACGUACUGGCGAAAGGUUACAGCGGUAUUUCACUGGAAACUCUGCAGCGAAUGAUCGACAUCUAUAACGCUUCCUGCUUACCUUGGGUACCAGAACAGGGAUCAGUUGGAGCAUCGGGGGACCUGGCACCUCUCUCGCAUCUUGCCCUCGGACUUAUCGGUGAGGGUCGCAUGUGGAGUCCAGUUACCGGUUGGACGACUGCCAAAGACGCACUAGUCGCGAAUGGUCUGGUACCGUUGGACCUAAAGCCCAAAGAGGGUUUAUGUCUCAUCAAUGGAACACAGCUGAUCACCUCGAUUGGAGCCCAAGCAUGUGUGCGAGCCGAACAAAUAGCUGGCCAGGCUGAUAUAAUUGCUUCACUCUCAUUGGAUGUGCUCAAGGGAACCGCUUCAGCUAUGAAUCCAGAUGUUGACAGAGUUCGACCACACGAAGGACAAAGGAAGGUAGCGAAACGCAUCCGAUCGAUGUUAACUAACGAACUUUACCACUCGGAGUUGGCAGAAAGCCAUCGUUACUGCUCCAGAGUUCAGGAUGCCUACACCCUCCGUUGCUGCCCACAAGUUCAUGGCAUCGUCUAUGAUACCAUCGAGUUUGUCCGAAAAAUAUUAACUGUUGAGAUGAACAGUGCGACGGACAAUCCGUUGGUCUUCCCGGAGCGCCACGCGAUUGUUUCUGCUGGAAAUUUCCAUGGUGAAUACCCGGCAAAAGCACUUGACUAUCUGGCAAUCGGAGUUCACGAACUGGCUAAUAUCUCCGAAAGGCGGAUUGAACGAUUGGUCAAUCCUGUUCACAGCCAACUCCCGGCGUUUUUAACGAAGCAAGGAGGACUAAAUUCCGGAUUCAUGAUUGCUCACGUUACUGCGGCCGCAUUAGUGUCGGAAAACAAAGUACUGUGUCAUCCAUCCAGUGUGGAUAGCAUAUCUACGAGUGCGGCUCAGGAAGAUCAUGUAAGUAUGGGAACCUUUGCAGCGAGGAAAUGUUUACAGGUUGUGAAAAAUGUGGAAACCGUACUUGCCAUCGAGCUAUUGGUCGCAUCCCAAGCGCUGGAUUUACUACGUCCCUUGAUGUCAACGGAACCCCUGGAAAUGGUGCACCGCUUAGUUCGAAGCGUCAGUCCGGUUUGGGAAAAAGACCGAUUUAUGGCACCCGAAAUAGAAGCGGUCACUUCUCUCCUGCGCAAUGGACAAGUCUUAGCGACGGUGGAACCCUACAUUGAUAGAUACGCGAAAACGAUUACAGAGGAUUGCGAAUCGUGUCUUCAAACCUGGAGAGGAGUACGGUGUGAUUGCCACAACAGGAGUGGGAGGACUUAUUGCGCACGCCACCAUCCUGGGACAAACAGUGAACAAUCUGAAGGCCCAUGCUCAACCGGAACAGAUUAUCCGACUUGCGACAAAGAACCCAAAAGAUGACGUUUCCAAAGAAGAGUGACAUACAUUACCACGAUUAGGCCAUGAUUUGCCAUAGACUAGCCAACCUUAUUUGAAAUCGUCCUUUAUUUUACUGAACCGAUUGAUGAUUCCUCUAGGUCCCUCCACUAAAAUUCCCCAAGCGCUACCACUUACCUAGCCCUAUCGCUCUGGUGUGUGUGUGUUCAGAUCGUGGGCCAGAUUGCCAUUUCGUCUGUGAGUGAUUGGUGGAAUUAUGAUAAACAGAGUAUAAGGUUUUUAAUAGAAACUCAAUUCUAAACAUCAACCGGUGAAUUUGUAGGCCUGAAACAUUCCUUCGAAGAACUGAUUG